AAAAAACGUUGUAAUUGUCCUAAUUUUCUGCUGAACGUUUUUACAUUUUUAGCCCACACGCGAGGGUAAAUUUCGCACGGGUUAUCGUUUAUAACAUUGCAGCAGUUAAUUUGACACAAUUACGUUAUGGAAUCCGCAACGAAUCUGCUGGCGCGCAGUAGUUCGGCCAACGAUAUUAACUUGGCAAAGGAAUUGAACAUGAAUAUGCCGCAGACCAAUGAAAUAGAUUCGGGCCUACAAUCCUCUGUGGAAGUUUUAAGUACGCCACUAGCGCAGGCUGCUACUGUGGACGAAGAUGAGGAUAUUUUUGAGCAGGUGACUAUGAUACUGCGCAAACGUCGCGGCUGGGGACCGGAGGAUUCGAUAAGCCAAAGCGGCUUGGACUUGGAUUUGCUGGACGAUGACGAUGAGCUUGUAGAGCAGGAUGAUGUGGGCUGCCCUUUGCCAUCGACCCCCGAAGAUACGCAGCUGAUUGAAGCCGAGAUGACCGAAGUGCUUAAGGCCGGUGUGCUCUCGGAUGAAAUAGAUCUGGGAGCAUUGGCGCACAAUGCUGCUGAGCAGGCUGAGGAAUUUGUACGCAAGGUCUGGGAGGCCAGCUGGAAGGUGUGUCACUAUAGACACUUGCCCAAAUGGCUGCAGGAUAAUGACUUCUUGCAUCGUGGCCAUCGUCCGCCGCUGCCCUCAUUCCGCGCUUGCUUCAAAUCCAUAUUCCGUUUGCAUACCGAGACUGGCAACAUCUGGACACAUCUGCUUGGCUGCAUUGCAUUUCUGGGCGUCACAGCCUAUUUUCUAACACGACCCACUGUUGAGAUACAAAUUCAAGAGAAACUCGUUUUCGGCACUUUCUUUUUAUGCGCCAUUGUUUGCUUAGGAUUCUCGUUUGCCUUUCAUACGCUUAGUUGUCAUUCGGUAGAGGUUGGAAGACUGUUCUCAAAGUUAGACUAUUGUGGCAUUGCGUUACUCAUCACGGGCUCCUUUGUACCCUGGCUCUACUAUGGCUUCUAUUGCCACUAUCAGCCAAAGGUAAUAUAUUUGUCCGUGGUCUGCGUGCUGGGCUGUCUUUCUAUUAUUGUGUCGCUGUGGGAUAAGUUUUCGGAGCCAGCCCUACGCCCACUGCGUGCGGGCGUCUUUAUGAGCUUUGGCCUGUCCGGUGUAAUUCCAGCGAUACACUAUAGCAUUAUGGAGGGCUGGGUCAGUCAAAUAAGUCGCGCCAGUCUGGGCUGGCUUAUACUUAUGGGCAUGCUAUACAUUCUUGGCGCUUUGUUGUAUGCUCUGCGCGUUCCAGAGCGUUGGUUCCCCGGCAAGUUUGACAUUUGGUUUCAAUCCCAUCAACUUUUCCACGUGCUCGUCAUUGCUGCAGCCUUUGUGCACUAUCAUGGCAUUUCGGAAAUGGCCAUGUAUCGUGUUACUGUCGGCGAGUGCACUGUGCCAAUUGAGCCUAUUACAUUCUAAACACUGUUUUUGCGUAUCUAUCUACAAAUCAAGCAAUCAUUGACACUCACAUAGGAACACAUACAAAUUCAGCAGCACGGAACCCAUUGAAGUUUAUACACAACCGUAGCGAGAGAGUAAAAGAAGUCGUUUUAGCGUUUGGAGUUUACUUGAGUAUAAAACCUCUCCCCCCAUAUAAAAUGCAAGACAUACAAAAUACAAGAAAUUUCUAAAGUUACAAUAUGAUAAGAUUGAAGAGCGUUAUAAAAAAAUAUUUAGUAGUGGCCGUUUUUAAUUAUCAACAAUUGAAAUCUGCAGUAGUUUAAUUAAUAUAUAAAUUAUUUAUAACAACUUGGCAUUCUUUUUCUAUGAUUUGUUUACAGAUUUAUGAAUUUCGAAUUGAAGAGUUAUGAAAAAAAGAAAAAUGCUUUGCGCUCAGGGUUACAAGAAAAAGUAAAGCAAUGUUUACAGUUAAGGCAAGCUAUUGGAGACUACAGUACAUAAAGAAUUAUUAUUUUUUCAAAGCAAUGCAAAAAGCAUAAAAUAUAUAACUUACUCUAUAUCAAAGUAACAACAUAGCGUUUAAAGCAUUUUAUUCUAUUUAUUUUUAACAAACAGCAUACGACAUUCUAGAAUUGUCAAAAAUAUCUUGUGAUUAAAAUCCAAUAAAAUAAAGUUAAGGCUUUACAAGCAUUGUAGAGAAUUCAUUUCAAAUAA